AUGGCGGUAAGAAAGAAGGUUGGUGCUCCUGACUGGAAAUACUACGAAUCUCCUGACACUGUCGCUCUUUUUGAGCCAGUUAAAAACUACCUUCUCAAGAAUUGUAAAAAGGUAAUCAUUAUGUUGUUUUGCGUGACCAUCAAUAAACGGAUUGUCUUAUAAACCUGUUCGAUGAAUAGAAUCACAUGGUUUUGAAUUUGACAAAGCGAUUGUUUUUUAUAUUAUAUUCCCACUUUCUUGAAGUGCUUUGAUCGCUUUUUAUGCUUGAAUUAGUAUGUGCAGAUGGAACCACCGACAAACAAAACGUUGGCCACACUUACGGCGCAGUUAUUACAAUUUCAAGAGGUAAGAUUUCAUAAAUAACCUACUAGAACGAUAACAUGUACUGAAGGUCUUUAUAAUGUAAAGCUGCUAAAGUUAGAGUUUAACGUGUCGCAUGAAUGUCCAGACUUGAUGACACAAUUAAAAUUAAAUGUCAUGUACAUGUAUAAGCUGAGAAAACUCUUUUUGUUUUGGGACAUUCCAUUUUUUUCCGAUCCGUCUUAUUUUGAUACUCCAGCAGUGUAGUCUGAUACUUAAAUCGAUGGUGACCCCAUGGCUCUUGAAGAAUUUGUUAAAGGAUUUGAGGAAAGAGCGUAGUUAAAGCUUUGUUGUUUCGAUGCAAAGAAGUCGGUGAAGUUUAUUAACAAAGUCCACCUCUGAAGUACAAAUCCUAACAUAUCUCACUAGUUGAGAUAAUCAUAUAUAAAAGCCAUAGGAUGUUUGCAUGGGUGGGGAUGUUGCUGUACAUGUAAAUAUGUGGAAAAUGGACGAUUCAGAAUGUAAAGUGUGUUUCUUCUGCCUUCUACUCAUGUUACUACACCGUACCUACUCCUGUUACAGAACUACAUGUACAUAACAAAUGUACAGUGGAACCUAGAUAUAGUUUUUUUUUUUUAAUGUACUUGUAGUUGAUUUUUUUUUGUUCAAACUAUUGUAGUUCUAAACCAAUUGAUUUUUUUUUUCAUAUCAAUGUUUUUGGAAAUAAGAUUUAAGAGGUAUUCAAAUUGCAGAAGAGUUAUUGUAAUCUAAAUUCUAUCUUAUUUUUUUAUUAGGAUAACUUUGGUAAAGAUGCUAGCAAGCAAGCUCUUCUGACAAAACUUCCUGUAAGUUCAUAUCAUAGCUUUCUUUUUAUUAUUAAAACAAGGCUUGAUGUUUGUAUAAUGUACAGUGGAUGCUAUAGUUUUUUUCGUAUUUCCUACAGUCUGUAGAUCUAUUACAGCAAAGAGCCCAAAAGUGUGACCACUUUUGAUUUAUUUACACUUUUCGUACAGAUUUAAUCUAAUCAGAAGCCAGCUGGAAGCUGUUCUCGACUUCUGAUUGUUUAAUGUAUGCGUGAAAGAAUGUGAGUUUAUUAACGGAGGUCUUUUUUGGGCUCCUUGCUAUAAUUUCAUGCUUGUAUAGUGUAUAUCAAUGAGUAUAAUUAUGUACAGAAAUGUACAUUCAUGAGUCUGAAACAGAAAUGCUUGGUGAGUUUUUCUCUUGGACAGCUAGCUGUUGGAAACUCUAGAAAAAACCAGCUAACUAACAGGCAAAACAAACAAACAUUAACAACAACAACAAAUUCCAUGCUGGGCAUCCUACAGGAUUCCACAGGUUAGGAGUGCUAAGUUCCCUUUUUAUUUUUCUUAGCACACAGGGUUCUUGAACAUAACUAUUAAUUAAUAAUUACAGUGCCUGUACAUGGAAAGUAAAGAAAAUAAAUAUCUUUAUUUGUAGAUGAAGUUGUUUAUGGAUUACUCUUCUGGAGGGAGCCUUUGUGUCAUUCUUGCUAAUGUGUUUAAAACCAAACUGGAACAAGGAUGGUAAGUGGCUUGACUGUGUCAACCAAUUAAUUUUUUAUUAUUGAUUGGUCCAUUACAUGUAAACUGUUUUUAGUAAUUUACAAUGUAUAAUGAUAUAAUUACCAUUUAUUCACCAAGAGUGAGGUCAUUACUGGAAAUCUCAGACCGAGACCUGGCUAGGUCAAUACAUCAAGCCUGAGGACUGAGAUUUCCCUGUAAUGACAGAACUGACUAGGUUACAUGUAAAAAGUCCUGCUGGUCAAUGGAUAACCUAAAAAACAUUAGUCACCUCAAUGAGUUGUAGACUUGAGCCUGCGAUACAGUCACGUGACAGCUGUCAAUUGGCUAUCACAUCCGUGGAUGUCCAUGAGGAUAUCCACUAUCAAGUUAAACACAGAUUGUAUAAAAUUAUGUAAAAAUUAUGCCUUGGACAUCUAGCUAGUAAUGCCCGGUCAUUACAAGAAAAUAAUGUCCACUUAGCAGCCAAUCAGAGCACACAUACCAUUGUAGGCAUAAAAUAAGUUAUCAUAAAUCUGGUUUUGGUUUAUUUGCAGGAGAAGGUUUGACUUCCAGUCUCCCUCACGCAUGGACAGAAAUGUCGAGCUGUUCUUAAACAUGGAAAAAGCACUCAAAGAGGUACAGUGUAUGUUGAGUCUGUGGGUAUUAUGCAGAUUUCUAGUGUACAAUUUGAUCAUCAAAAAUGUCAUAUAAUAAAUUAUUAAUAUGGGUAAUCAAAUGUUGACGAGUAAAAUUAAGUAAUGAUUUCAUGCACAUUUUGUCCAAAUCAUAAUAUUUUCAAUUGCCUAGCCUUUAGGCAAGGGAAAAUACAUGUAUUUUUCAAACUCAACUGAAGUUAUACUUGAGAUACUUUUUUAGAUAGAUGGUCAUUUUACUAUACCGGUAUAUUUUACUGUUACUUGUCCUUUGUAAUCUUUGUAAUCAUAUGUUAUUGAUGCUGUGCUUAUUUUUGUAGGCAAAGUUAUUGACCGUCCCACAAGUCUUCAUAACACCUGAUCUUGAUCUGAGACUUGCAUCCAGGCUAAAGGACAUUGUCAAAAGACACAAUGUAAGGUCACAGCUUAUUUGCAGAGCUAAAAGUUAAAUUUGCAUUACUGACUUUUUUUGGAACUGCUUCUUGUACGUAUACUUAACACUUUAACUCUUGAUAUUGCGCAUGAAAGAAGUAAAAAAAAUAUUCAAAUUUCAUUUUGUAAGAUCCAGCUGUACUAAUGUUUUGCCAACGAUUCUAAAAUUGAUGCUGAAUUCCUACAUCCCUGUCUUUACAUUAUUAAAGUGGUUGCAAUGUCAUUCUCUAUUAGUUCAUUUGAUUGUAGUACUCACAUAUAAUGUAGUACCGGUAGUUAGUUCUGACUGUCUUAAUUGUCCAUAGUUGAUUUUCAGUAAGAUUGGAAUUCAGAAAAUUACACUGAAAACAUUAUGCUCUAAUAGUCUUUCAAUAGCUGGAUAGUCCUAUCCACCAGGUAAAUCACUUUCCAGGAGAUAAGAGUCAAGGAAACAAAAAUAAUGUCUUACUCAGUGGCUUGUGGUUAUUAGAUUUUAUCUAGUGUGGUUAUCUACCCCAUGAACAUCUGGGGCAGACGUUUUUUUGCUCUCAUCGAUCAAGAGUAUAUUGAUUUAUAUUGGCAUCAGUAUUAUAAAAUAAUGUGCAGAUUUUCCCUUAUUAUUAACUGGUACUUUGAACCUUGUCCUCUAUAAUGAAAUUAUAACUUUUGAAUCAUUCUCUGUAUUCUUUAUUGUGGUUUAAUCAUGUUAAAAUUUCCCUUGUAGUUACAAUAUAAUUUAUUACAAUUAAAUACUGAUUUUUCCCAACCUUUUAGGGGACCAUUACAGAUGAUAAAUCUAGUGCAACUCACAUUGUUCAUGGACCUCCCCCACCCUUUCCAGAAGGUAACUGUUUGUUUACCAUGUACAUGUAUUUGAUCACAUAAUUACAAAUUUCAAGUACAGUAAUGAUUCGCUACAGCAGUUUGGGUUGAAAUCAAAAGAUGCCUUUCAUAGCUUCAGCACAGGAUUCAGCACAUGUGUUUAAUAAUUUAUUUCAAACAAACAAUGAAAAAAAUAUAUUGUAGUGAGUGAGAUAUUUCAUAGGUCUUCUAGGGAUGGGUUGCUUUAUUUUGGGAAAUGGAAACCUGAGAUUUAACUCUCAGGAGUUGUUGUGGUGGCUUCCCUUGAACUUUAUGACAUGUUAUUUUCAUGGUACUGGGAAAAAGUGGUUAAAAAGUUAUAUUUUUCCAAGGUUAAUUAGUAGCUACAGUGUACCUAUAAUAAUAAUACACAACAACAACAAGGUACAGGUGUACAUGCACAUUUACUGAAACAGACUUUUGGCAUUGUUUUUUUUUUUUGCACAGAGGAGUGGCUUAGACCCUUGUUAAGGCAAGACAAGCAAGUUCUUGUACACUGGUGGUACUACCCUGACAGGUGGGUGUUUAACUGUUAAGUCAGGUUGCAAUGCCAGCGUGCAAAGGAAGUGGUGUCCAAUACCCUGAGGCUAAUGGAUUUUGCUAUUGGGCUAGUGAAUUCUUUUUUCUUAACUUGCCCUACUGGCAAGUGAUUUUUUUGGAGGAAUUCAAAUUACAGAAGAACUGUAAUCAAUCCUGCUCGUCGAUUUUUUCAGGCUAGCUGAAAUGAUUUUCAGGCUAGUAAAUGCUACAGCCCUGUAGUUACAGCUUGCCCAAAUGGCAAGCUGUAAACUGACUUUCUUUGCACCCUGCAAUGCCCAAUUUGUACAUGACCGUGUGUUUCAAUACUAUUAUUCUAGACUUAUUUUUAAACUAUGUUAUUUUCUUUUAUGAAUUUUGUUGGAGGGGGGGGGGUGCAUCAGAUCAGUCUUUCAUAGUUAACAUUGCAUUCGGCAUUCAUUAACAUGAUUAUCAUUUUGCAAAAAAUUAUGUGGCAAAUUAGCUGCUGAACAUAAUUAUGAAGGGCUCGUCCACUCCAAAAAGGAAAUAAUUAUUCUUUGGGCCAGGGAAUAAUAAUAUUAUGUUCUGCAUGGAGCCUUUUGAUUGUAAAUUUCAUUCCUGCUGACAAAACUGUUGAGAUUGGUGUGAAAUGUUCAGGAGGGGGGCAGAGACAAGAAGCUUGAAAAACAUUUAAUUUUUACUAACAGUCCUUUAAUUUACAAUAAUUUUAUUCAGUAUAGAUUGAUUACCAUGAUUAUCUUCAUACACUGUAGUUAUGAUACUUGGGUGCCAUCCGGUGAUAUUGAAGAUGAACCUCAACCUGAGCCCCAGCAUCCAGGACCCUGGCAGGUAAUAAAACCCCUCCCAUGUGCAGCCUAUAGUACUGUUCUAAUGUGAAGAAAAAAUCCAUGCUGUAGUUUUAUAUCAUUGGCAAGGUAAUUACCUGAUGGUAGGCAAUUGAUUCUUUUGACAUCAUUAAUUUACAACUUGUUUUCUCUUCUCGCAAAUUCCGAGUCUCAUUUUAACUGUUUUUUUUUUUUUUUUUUUGGUUACUUUUUAAUUUAGGUAAAUGCACGGUGGCUUACAGACCUUGAUGUGUUUAAUGAGUGGAUGAAUGAAGAAGACUAUGAACUAGCAGAUGCAGAUGGCAGUGUAAGUGGUCAAUAUUACACUUCUUGUAUUUUAUCUAGUUUAAAAAGAAAAUCCUGUUUGAAGACUUGGAUAAAUUGUUGUUGUUGUUAUUGUUGUUGUUGUUGUUGUUUUUUGUUAUUAUUAUUAUCAUUAAUGGUAAUUUGGAAAAUUGAGAGUCCAAAUAGUGAAUUCAUGUGUAUUUUAAAAUCUGGCAUUUUUCUCAUCAUAAGGAAAAAGCCUGGUUGUUUUCAAAGUGUGCAGGGAACUCUGCAGUUCAGCUAAUUGCUAGGUUUGACCUAAUUAUCAAUACAUGGUUACUAUGUACACAGAUUUACAUGUAACUAAGUCAUUGUUGUAAGUUUUUGGUGUGAAUAUCUUGAACAACAAAGAAGACACAGAAUACAAAACUGUACUACUGAAAGGGAAAAAUGCCAAGCUACAGCAAUUUCACAUGUGCUCUGUUUUAUUUCUUUCAGGGAAACAGAGGAGAAACAGCUUUAGGUAAGUUGUGACAACGAACCCUGCAUUACUGCUGCCAACCAUUACCUUUUUCAGUUGUAAAUCUGUGUUGCUCUAACUUGCAUUCAGAACCUACAUUAUUUUUGCCAAUACACUGUCUGUUUUUAUUUAGGAAAAACAAGAAGGAAAAGUUUCAAAUCAGGGGCAAGUUCGGAUGAGCAACCCAGUAGCCCAGAUGGAGGUACAUGUAAUAUCAUUACAUUAAUGCAUCAUAAAUUAUUAUUUUAGUUUAAAUAAACAAGUUUUCCUUAACUGGGCUGGGAUUUUCCCCAGCUACUAAAAUGGAGCAUGACUGGUGUUUUAUUAAGGGGUUUAAAAAGGUUUAGUCUUGAUUGGCUCUGUAGUUUAGUUCAUCAAGAAACGCGGCCUUGGUGUUUACACUUCCACUUGUAGUGUACUCUAAAGAGGUGCUCUGUCUAACAUUAUCCUUCAGAUAAAACUGGAAUUGUUACUGUUUAAGCUGAAGAGAAACUCAUCAAUGCAAGGGCAAGAACAAACAAUAAAUUUGACCUACAUGUAGUUCUUUUAGCACUUCACCUUAUGUGCUUUUAUGUGUAUCCGUGUCAAGUCUGUGUUCUAUGUUGAAAAAAAAGAAAAAGGAAUUGUGACUGGUUAGCUUGUGUAACGUAAUAGUAUUAUUCUGUGUGUUGUACAAUUAAGUUUAGCAAAUCAACAUGUUUGUUCAGAUAUUGAUACUAUGUAGUGGCCGUGACAUGUGGUUUUGUUUAUUUGUGCAGGGAAGCUAAAGAAACGAAAGCGCUCGCCCUCCCCUGAUCAGAAGAAGAAAAAGAAACCGUAAGUAUUGUACAUUGUAGAAUAGACCGAUAAUCUGUCAUUCAACUGAUUAGUAGUCAGUAACGGAGGGCUUGAAAAAACUUGAAUUCCAGCUUGUCCUUUGGGAGAGCAGCUCUCACAUUAAAUUUUUGCUUCCCUGGGGCCACUGCUUACUCAUCUUAGUUAAUGAUUUAGUUAGAAGAUGACUUGCUUAGACCUUGCCCAUUGGGCAAGUGAAUUUAAAAGUUACUUGCCCCAAAAGAAGAUCUGCUUCUCCUGGAAGACCAGGAGCCCUGCAGUAGAGAGUAAAUGCAUGUAAUGCCUUCUCAACCCAAUUAACUAAAUCAGGGCUGUUACUAAGAGCCGUGGCCUAGGGAUUUUCCCCGGCUGCUAUGAGCGGGAGCCCCAGCUACUUUCAUUAGAAACAAAAGGAAAAUAGAACGAGAAGUACUUGGAACCUAGCUGUACAAUUCCUCUCUCUUACUUAUCGCAUAUACCCGUCAACUUGAAAUGUUAGUGACAACCCUGCCCAAAGUGUUAAGAAUCACGUUUAUUUGCAGCAAAUGGUUUGGCCAACUAGUCAUGCAUGCAAGUUUCAGGAUGUAAGAAAAUUAAAGUCAGCCAGACCUACAACUAGUUGAAAAGCUGGCUACACCUCUUUGAUGUGUUAAGUGUUUCAACAAAUGUGACAAGUUCGUACAUCUCCAGAUCACAAGCUUAAUGCACUCAAUAGUCAUCCAUUCUACAGUUUGUACCUUCUCACAAAUAAUAAAUAAAUAAGUAUACUAAGUACACUUUUAUGAACGCAUACACUCACUGUACAUGUAAUUAUGUUGUUGCUGUCAUUUACUUCCCUGCCUUCAUGGCAACACCACAGUUCGUUCUUAAGUCUACAUAAUAACAUAACUUAAAAGUAAUUAAAACCUGAACUUCUUUUUUGGUUGGCUAAACAGGGCGGCAGCACCAGCCAAUCCUAAGAAGAAGACUGGUAAAGAAGAUGAAAAUGACAGGUACAAACUGAGGAUAAUAAUAAAGUGCUUUUUCCUUGAGUUCUGUAAACUGUUGCAGUGUACUUAUUAGUUUUGAUUUUGUUUCUUUUUAUGUGUGUAUGUGUGUUACUGGUCUCCCUCGCAGCCAUUUUGUUUUUCUCGUCACAUAACGCAACCUCUCCAACAAACUUCUAGAGUGUUACUCUACAUGUAACUUCUGUGUAAAAUUUAUUCCUUUCAUUCUAGUGAUGAUGCUACCAAAGAUCUUCCUGAUCCAUCUCCUGUCCCUAAUGUAAGCAAACAAAACAUAAAUUGGUUUAAAUAAAUACUUAAAUUCCUUCAUCACCGUCAAGUUAGUGUAAUUUUAAAUUUCCAAGAAUCGUGUGGUAUGGACUGCAGUAAAUCCAGGUCAUUAAUGGGUUGUAGAGCACCAGGGAUAUGGACUGUAUUUUUCUAUGUACACUAUACCCAGAUGUUUGAAUUUAAUCAACGUGGGUUAAUAGCCUAGGGAAAUCCUAGAGUAUAGACUGCUGUAAUGGCUUUGCUUCAGGAUAUUGGAUUGCCUACCCUGGGUACCAGAGACUUUUUUUUAGCGCGGUUUCCGGUUUCUGUCAAGUCUUUGUAGUGACCCGCGUGAAAAGCGUUUUUCUCGCUGCUUCGGCCUACGGCCGGAGAUGUGUCGGCCUUCGGCCAACACCGAAAAUUUCCGCAGCACGAGAGAAAAACCUCUGGUACCCAGGGUAUGGAUUGCCGCCCUAGGGCCUUGAAUGUUCCUUCAUUUAACUGUGGUCUGCUACUGAGUUAAUACCAUAAACUUAUAUCAUGGCUUGUCUUUGCAGGUUGAAGAGGUAACUGCUGGUACUACAGGUGAGACCUCUACAGACCGUUCAUGGUUUUUCUGUUUUAUCAAUGCACACUGGAAGAACCUUAUAAAUAACAGCCAGUAAAAUGAGGACAAUCUACCUGCGAAUUUCGAACCUGCCACACAUAAUGUGUCCGCGAUUUUGGUCCGACCACAUAAAUGUAUUAUUUGUUUUGACUGAACGAAAUUCUGUGAUUCCUUAGUUGGGCAUAAUUAUGUCCUGUCAUGGAACAAGCAUAUUUGCAACUUCCAUAUACUCAUUUUGCCGAGAAAACGAUGCCCUGCGUACACUGCGGUAUUGAAAUAAGCCAUGGUAGUUCGACUGCUACAAUGACUUUUUUUGUCUUCUCGCAGUGCUUGAAAUGUUUUCCCGGCUGGCGCUGGUCAAGUUGUGCGUAGUCUCCAUUUUUUUUUCGCCAAGAACUUUAGAAUUUUCCAACCUUAGUUAAAAUCUGAACUUGUGAAUUAAAUUUUCUAUUUGAAGCGUAAACGACUAAACAAAAUGUCCAGUCAUUCAAGGAUUUGAUCGCAGAAAGGCUAUUUUAAACCGGCAAUUGCCAUUGACUGGCCAACUUUUAAAGCCCUGCUUUUGUCUUCUCCAUUUAGCUGCAAGUUCUCCAUAAAUCAAAUCGGUCUUAGUUAUGCAAGGUGUAUACGAAACAAUUCCAAGAACCUUAUCUCUUGAUUUUAUGUUUUCAGCCUCUAAAGGAAAGGAAAGUGAUCUACAGCCAAUGAAAGGAACCACCCUAACCGACAUUUCAGAUUCAGGUAUCAAACUUUACCUACAGUGUUGAGUCUUAUUUCUCUGCAUAGUCACCAAAAUAGUUAGUUGAGAAAUUAUUCAGAGAUUCUCUCUUUAAUACCCCAUUAAAGAUAAUCUGGGUUCUGCAAUCUGGGAAAUUUUUGCUUUCGGAAUCCCAAGUCCUGCGCUUUGGAAUCCGGGAUUCAGCCCAAGGAACCCAGAUUCCUGAUUUUACGCUCCGCUGAUAAGGAAUCCAGAAUCCACGAUUGUCUUCGAUUACCAUACAUGGGUCAAUCAAAUCAAUACAGGUUUUUGAGAAACUGCCCACCUACCCCUCACUUAAGCCAACAUUUUGUUCUCAGUAAGAAGUAAGUGUCAAUGUUGACUUAGGGGAGUGGUAGGUGGGCAGUUUCUCAGAAACCUGAAUUGUUCCGGGGGAUCUCUCGCUACAAAAAAAUGUCCCGGCUUAGAUGAAAACAUAGUGGAUUCGGAUGCGAACCUUUAAUAUGAUAUUGGGUACUUCGGGACAUUAAAAAUAACUUCUUGAUUUGUUUUGGUCAUUCUCUAGGGAAACCAGAAAGUGGUGAAGGUGAGGAGGGUGACACAAGCAGUCACAUGGAUACUCAGGUGCUGUAAUAGAACAUAACAUGUCAUAAGUGCAACCUUUUUUCUUUCCUUUCUGCCUUAUUUUUUUUCUCUCUAGACAUCUACAAAAAACUUUAGAGUCUCUAACCUGUUAUAGUCUCUAGACUGCUUAGCAAGCGUUUCCAUGUGGUUUCGGAGCAAAGAUCGACGAACGACGAGGAACGAGAUUUUGGUUUUGGCCGCGCGAAAAAUGGAACUAAACCCGAAAAUCCCGUUCCUCGUUCCGCGGCUUUGCUCCUAAACCGCACGGAAACGCUUGCUACAUAGGCUACAUAGUCCUCCUAAACUCUCUUCUUGAGAAAGUAGGAAUGGAAAAACACUUCGGUGCUUUCUCGGUUUAUUAGCUCAUCCGCAAAAAUCGUGUAGACAACUCCUCACUGCUGUCCUUAUUCUUUUCCAGGAACAACAAGAGGAGAGCACCGAGCAAUCUGCGCCAGGUUCGCCUUCAUCCAACCAGAAUAAGGAAGGACUGUUUAAAGAACCUCUCAACGUGCCAGACACUGAACCACAUGACGAGAAUCUGACAGAACAGACGCAUCACAUUAUCAUCCCCAGUUACGCCUCUUGGUUUGACUACAACAGGUUUGAGAAUAGUUUUAACUGUAGGGAUGCUUGUUCAGAGUACAACCUUCAUCGUAAACAGUCAGGGUUUCAGUAAGAGUUGGUAGCCGGCGGAAUUCGCCGGCUAUUUCACUUGAACUCGCCGCCUAAUUUUCUUUGGAAAUUACCCUACUUUAAAUAGAAUAUCCAUGUGCUGUAAGCGAAUAAAAAAGUCAAAAUUAAUGAUGUCUGUGUUCUGUUCACGCACUUUAAUUUUUGCUCCAGAAUGCUGGAAAUACAUUCUAAGAGGCCCAGAUGUCAAUUUGUUUUUUCCAGAAACUUGCGCUGGCAAGUUACGCCUUCGCCGCGACUGUUUUUUCCUCCUCCACCUACCCCAAAGCUUUUGCCACUUACUUAAAAUCUUAUUAAAACCGUGUAGUUGAGCCGCCUUUUAAAGUAAUUGACUAAAGAAAUAAUGAUGAUGAUGAAGAUGAUGAUGAUGAUGUCCUUUUAAUGCCUUUGAUUGUAUAUUAUUUUUUUUCUUGUUUGUUUUAGUGUCCAUGCCAUUGAACGAAGGGCUUUGCCAGAAUUUUUUAAUGGAAAAAAUAAAUCCAAGUCUCCUGAAGUGUAAGUACCUGCAGGAAAAAAAAAAUUAAAAUGAUAAUAACUCAGUUGCUGCUUGAUAAGAAAAGUUAAAAAUAAUUAUGUGAGGUAAUGAUAUCCAAACCAAGGUUGUUUUGUAUAACAUCGAUAUAUCCAAACAUCAGAAAGGGCGAGAUUUCAAAGCCGAAUUUCAUCCUUUGAUGCUUACUAAAAGCUGCCUUCUGGUGUGUGUUACUCUUUUAAUACACGAUUUACUAAAUCGUGGAUGUUCUAUUUAUUUUAUUUUCAUCCAAUCGUAUGGAUAUUUUUAAUUUUGUAGUUUUACAGUUAUUCAAACCCUACACAAAACUGAAUAAUGUUAUGGUUAUAUCCGUUAUUUUCCUCAAGGUACCUCGCUAGUCGGAACUUCAUGAUUGAUGCAUACCGGCUGAACCCCACCGAAUACCUAACAGCUACAGCCUCAAGAAGAAACUUAGCUGGAGAUGUGUGUGCUAUUGUCAGGUACAUUAGAUUUUCAUCUAACCAGUACUGUGGUCGUCAUGUGGGUACUCGCUUCAACCCUUGCCUAUUGGACAAGUAAACUUUAAAAGUAACUUGACCAGCAAGAAAAUCUACUUGUGUCGGACUACCGGAUGAGACUUUUUUCGAGCCCAGUGACUUUGUCUUAAAAUCUUUGUCUUCUUCAUUGUAGAAGUAGAAUGCCAUUCCAAAGCUACAAAGCAAUAACUGUCGGUCAGGAUCGUACAAUCUCCCACUAAAAUAGAGUAAACAACUCAUGACGUCACUGAAAAUUAAGAAACUAUUAGAUUGCGAGGGCGUUUUUAACAUCUUGCGUCGGCGUGUCUCUGAUUAUGAAAUUCACUAUCUUUGAUACAAGAAUUUAAAGAAACUAAAAACCAGUUUAGUACUCUCUUAAUUUAUUCUUGAGCUUUCGGCUACACGAAUACACGAAUACACGUGGCAACUUAGUCUCACGCAUUGAAAUUAAUCAAUUAAUAACUAACUCACCCAAUCUGCCAAGUAUGCCUGGCGCGUGACAGCUUAGUACUUCACUUGUUUGUGUCUUGUUGUUCCUAAAAUAUUUUAGGGUACACGCCUUCCUAGAACAGUGGGGUCUGAUAAACUAUCAAGUUGAUUCUGACGGCCGGCCUGCUCCCAUGGGACCACCUUCAACAUCACACUUUCACGUGCUUGCUGAUACUCCCGCAGGACUUCAGCCGCUUCAGCCCGCGAAAACACAGGUACCGCGUAUACUUCUUGUUCUUCGAUUCACCUCAGCGGAGCUUUCAGUAGAAUAUUAACCGUUGAUUCCUUGCAGCUCAGGGUCACGUGAAGAAUUUCCACAAAAAAGCCCACAAAAAAAUAUAUAGGUUGAGUUUGAUCGUCCGUGACAGUGACUGACGUUUCGACAACCUGUGCGGUAGUCACCUUCAGAGUCAAAGUGAGUUGUAUCACGUCAGUUGAUGGUAUUAUACUCUGGUUAUUGAUCUCAUUGGUCAAUUACGUCGCGAUGUUAUUGGUCGUCUGUCAGUUAAGCCGUGAUGUUACUGGCUAUGAAGACUCGUAAUCAAUAAUUGGUGCUUUUCGAUUAGUCUAUUGUCACAGUUAAACAGUCGUCUAUUGUUAGUCAAAUUGUCAGUUCUCCAGUCGUUCUCUCGUAGUUAGUUUUGCUUGAUCUCGUCAAUAAGUCGUUUGUAAGGCGCUGGUAACUGUUGGCUCCAAUAAAACGUUUUUUUUCGUAUUUUGGCGCCAAUAACACGUUCAAACCUUUCACAAAAAAAAAAAUGGUUAAUUAAAAUUGUCUGUAAUCUCUGCCAAUUGCAAAAUCAGGCGUGUUAACAAACCAACUAAGUGUGAAGCAUAUCUGCAGUUUGUAACCGGCGCCAAACGCCAAUAAAACGUAUGCAAGAGAGAUACAGGUGGGUUUUUGGUUGAAAAACCUCGAACCACUGCAUCUCCAAAUCUUAAUUAUGAUUCUUCCAGAUUCCAGCGUCGCAACAAAUGAUUCAGUUCAAAGACGACUUUGGUGGAAAAGAAACGCAGAAGAGUGGGAUAACUAGUGGAAACUUUGGGUAAGAGAUUUCUGUGUUAAUAUGUACAUGUAGGCAAGAAUGAGGGAGUAUCUCUCUUUCGCGAAAUACCAAAAAAAAAUCUACUCAAAUGAUUAAGGGCCUGUUUAUAUGGAGGUGGGGGAACCCAGGUAGUAUUCGUAGUAUUUUUAUAUUGAAUUAAAUGUUAAAUUUUUUUCGGUGGCUGUAGUUUGUUGUUGUUGUUGUUGUUGUUGUUGUUGUUGUUGUGUUGUUGUUUGUGCUAGGUAGAGUGAUUUUCGUAUGACCUUGAAAUGAAAACGCGCGAACAACACAGCAACAACAAACGAACGGAAAUAGAUUUGAUUGGUUUGUCGAACGGAUACAAAACGUGCGUGGCUUUUGGUUGGUUAGGCGAACGGUCGGGUGAAAAGACUUGACGCCCGAAAACUUUCUGGAAAUCAAUUGAUACUUAGGUUUGACGUCAUACUGCAACACGAUUGGCCAAUCGAACAAUGCCUUCUCCAUAUUAGGGUCUUCUUUGGCGGGAAAACAAAGAGUCAAUGUUUUGAUCUUUCCAUCCAUUGGCCGAUAAAACAAAUAUCGAACACUUUCCGAAACCAUUUUUCAAGGUCGUACGAAAAUCGCUCUAAUGCGAUGUAUGUUGUGGUUCGAUUUUACAAUGUAUCCUUUUCUUUUUUUGAUACAAAGUUUUACAAAAGAAUCAUAAUGGAUGAACCAUGGAAUGAUUUAAUGAAACCACAGCAUGUAUCAGAGUAUGCUGCUGAACACGUACACCGGGCAUAAUUUGUACGAGUAAAGAACUCAGUGUGGUUUUCUCUUUUUUUCUUCCUUUAGACUUCGCUCAGACCAAUAUUUAUCAAAAAAGAGCCAGAAGGCAAGUACAUAAAUCUUGAACACUGAAAACUUUUGCCCAAGUUGUUCGAAAUACAGAUUGUGCCAUCCACUAGAUAAAUCUCUAUCCAUAGUGAGUGAAGCAAUUCAUUUCCUUAAAACGUAUUAGUUAUCCGUCGCUUGGUUAUUGGAUCAAGUAAAAAAUAUUACAAAUGUUAGUGGUCCGGAUUUCCAUAAAAAAGAGAGAGAGAGCGGGCGAAGGUUUUUUUAAUGUUCUUUUUUUUUAAUAGUGGAAAGUGCACUUAGUUUAUCCAGCUAGUUUACAGGCACUUCACUCAAAUACUUAGAAACAAAUAAUUCAAAUACAACAUAACAGGAUUAAAAAACCCCAACUGGCAGAAGGCAACCAGCUGACUAUUUACUAGCCUGUCCAAGUCGCCAGAGCGGGACUAGAACCCGGGACCGCCGGAUUGUAAGUCCGACGCGAUGACAACAAGUAACGCCUGUUGGUUUUUGUUCGCUCCAACGUUUCUAAUAACAAUAGACCAUUUUUCAGUUAUGGAUGGAAGCGAGGCUGAGGGUGACCUUGAUUUGAUACAAACUUUCCUGCUUUAUUAUGUAAAUCAAGUUAUUCUUAUGCUAACUAGUAUUUUUCAAGAACAAUUUCCAUAACAAAGUAAAGAAGGUUUGUAUCAAAACAAGGUCACUCUCAGCCUCGCUUCCAUCCAUAACUGUAAAACGGCCCAUUGAUAUAUGAAAGGGAGGCGGCCCCAAAAAGUGAAGCGACUGGAGGCGGGAAACAGCUGUUGUUUUUCGUUUCUUUGUUUUUGUUUUUUUGUUUUGUAUUGUUUGUUUGUUUCUUUGUUUUUACACGGCCUGAGAAUAACGUGGACGUAGCUUUGGCAUAUGCGUUUCUGUGAGAUUCUUCUAAACCUCUAUGUCAUUAUUUUUACUUUCAAUUGAAUUGCAUGUACCUUACCUUUAAAUGAAUGCUUUUUUGAUGUCCUUUUUCAGGCAGCAACGGCUACAAAGGAAUGGACAGAGCAAGAGACACUGCUGUUGUUGGAGGUACGCGAAAUAAAUAAUUUAAGAUAAGGUACUCAAGACAAGGAAAAUAUGAAAAUUAACAGACAAAUAAAAAGGCGGUAGACUCGCCGAUGUCCUUAAGGUUUUUUUUUUCCCAAAGAUUAAGUAAUGUUUUGUCAUGAUAUAACAAGUAAAAGCGUUCGGCGCCCUGAUUGGUCAGUAGAAGCAAGUCGUUGCGUCACAUUGCCAUGGUGGCAAAAUUUCUGAAUGACAACAAACUAAAAAUUCACUUAAAAGGUGAAUUUGCACUGUUUCAAAUUUCAUCGAUCUUAUUCAAUUUCAUUUAAUUUGUCAAAUGAUGACGAAAUUUUCUGGGUUGAAUCCGAAUGGACCGUAUCUAAGUUUAGAAGAAAGAAAAAGACAUGAAUGUAGGAAGUUUCACUUCGCAGUCGUUCAGCUAUGGCUAAGAAAAUGUACAAAAAUGCGUGAUGCACGUGUAAAGUGAUUGUUUUGCUAAAAUAAACCUUUUGCCUUUUUGCCGUUCUCUUUGCCGCCGAUGUUGUCGUUCCUUCAGCUCCCUCACUGUUGUGAUCAAGAAAUUUUGCUACCAUGGUAACAUGGCGUUACACUUCUCAUUUGAGUUAAUGCUGACGAAAGCUAGCGCGCACAACGCCUCCAGCAACCCUUGACGCCUCUUCCUGCUUAGCAACUUCCCGGAUGCAUCCAUGCUGCACCUUUUCCAUUUCUUAAUUGUAACACUUACAACUAGUUACUUUCCAUUUUUUCAUCGUUGAAUUCAGGGCUUAGAAAUGUACAAAGAUGACUGGAACAAAGUGGCAGAACAUGUGGGGACGCGGACUCAAGAUGAAUGUAUUCUGCAUUUUCUUCGACUUCCAAUUGAAGAUCCAUUCCUUGAGGAUAUACAGCUGGGUGAGUGGAGUGUGUGUCCAAUGUAAAUUUAACAACAACUGAGCGAUUUUCUUCAGACGUUGUUUGUCAGUAUAGAGCUAUUGUCUGUGAGAAUACGUCGGAAAGUGGUCGUCUGCUAACUAAUUAUUCCCUCGUAAAGGUUCGUAUUAAUGCGUUUUUAGGCUGUGUGAAGCCCGAAAGGAUGGCUUGGGUUGAAUUUGUGAUAUUAGUUGUACAGUCAUACUUCGAUCUUCUUUUGCGUUACUGACGUGUGUGUUCAGUGACAUUCAGUGGAGCAACUGUUUUGAAAGUAUUAGAGCAAAACUGAAAUUUUCAUUUUUUUGUCUCAUUUCACUGUCUUAAACAAGCCUCAAAAACUCACCGACCACGUGUUUGACCAAAAUUGUGUUCCGAAAGGAAUGAUUGUAAGCCCGACACGAGUUUGUCAUUCAAAACCCUUUGAUUGGGAACGAUUCAGAUUUUUCAGACACAAGUUCGGCUUUGGGGCUAUGAAUGUACAACUCAGUUCACAAGCAAGCAAGUUUUCCCAAGCGAACGAGUGAAAGUAGAAAAGUCGGGAAAAAAAGUGGAUACACGCGUACAACAUUGUCUGUGGGGUGAGGGGAGGGGUGGGACCUGUGUGAACUGGACAACGCCCCAGAAACGCAAAAGUGUCCCAAGACUUUAGUCCAUAAUUGUAGCUUAUCAGAGAACGAUGGAAGAUCACUAUACCCUUCGAGUAGAGGCUACAUUUUCGCAGUAGGGGUAAAGUGCGUAGUAUUCCUUUUCGCACGGCAGCUGGCAGCGCAAACGUGUAGACUGUGCAAGGUCGACGAUUACAGAAAUUCGUCCACGAUUAAAUUUUGUACUGGUGUUUUCCUUUUUCACAAAUGACCCUCUAUAAAGCUUUUCAUAAGCAAAGUAUUGUCUUAACACCGAGCGUGUUUUGAUCAAAGCUGCGUAAAUUGACCUGAAUCAGGGCAUCUUGCGUUUCUUGCUUUUUAUAUCUCGCCCGUUGUAUGUAGUAUGUGUGAAAAUCUUUAAUAUGAAUCGUUAUAUUUCAAACAGCUACACAAAGACCAAGGAUACAAUUGACUGACAAUAUACAGAGCGGGGACAGCUUUAGUGUCAACUGUUACUAGUUAUUUCAAUGUAAAACCUAGCUAGAACUUUCUCUUUCAUUUGUAGAGAAUCCAAUUGUUUAAAAUCCGUUGUUACUGCUCUCCAGGUCCUUUAUCACACCAACCAGUGCCAUUCAGUCAGCAAGGAAACCCUAUCAUGUCCACAGUGGCGUUUCUUGCUUCAGUUGUGGAUCCAAGGGUGGCAAGUGCGGCUGCCAAGGCAGCCUUAGGUAAGGAAAUACAAACUGGAAUGGUCUUUCGAACACUUAUUCCAUCUCGUUCUAUUCAUCAAAUAUUGGCAAAUUUUUCCGGAGUUGAAUUCUUAAGGACUAUAUCAAAGUUCACGAAAGGAAAAAGAGGGUCACUGUCUUGUGUUCACGUCCUCGACAAAACGUGAAAUUUGGCAGUUUCACGUUGAAGUCGUGCAACGGCGGCAAAGAAAUGUUCAAAAAAGGGUGAUACAAAAUUAUUGUUUUGCCAAUCUAAACCUAUUACCCUUUUGCCGUUCUCGUUGACGUCGCCGUCGUCGUUUCUUAAGCUCUCUAAUGUCCCAAAGAGUAACGGUGAGAGCCCGGAGGUUGACUGUGGCGAGGUUGCCAUAUAAACCUCCGUGCUGCCGAGGGGGUUGCUGCCCUCCUCUGUUGCUACUUUGACAACACAAUUUAAUGUUAGUCUCCUUGUUAUAAACAGAGAAGUUCUCUGAGAUGAAGGACGAGAUCUCCCAGUCAGUGAUCGACAGUCAUGUAAAGAAUGCUGCCAAGGCACGGGCAGAGAAGGCAAAACAGGAAAACUCCGAGGAAAGCAAAGGUAGAGUAAAAAACGCGAAACGCGUAACGAACGCGAAUGAAAUAAGCAAGCGGCUUCCAAGCUUGUUAAUCCCAAGUUAGUCUGCGAGUAAGCUCUUUGGGGCGCUCUAGCGACGGGGCGUGAAAAGGAAGGAGACCUUGCAACUACGUCUCUGGAAUUUGAAUUCCACCUCCAAAUCCCCUCUGGCUCCUCGUCGACGAGCGCGAAUGUAAACAAAAAUUAAAAAUCACGUGCCAAGAGUAAUUACGUGAUUAUUAAUGUGAUCUCCGCCAAUCAGCAUUUCGCAUCAACUUUUUCGAUGCAGAUAUUCAAAUUCCACAUACGUAGUUGCAGGCUCUUCUUCCGUUUCCCGCUCCGCCGCUCCUAAAUUACUAUGGUGAUCGUUUGUAAUGCAGCCACGAUCGGUAUCAAUUGAAUCUCCGUAUAAUCGACAGCGAGCAAGUUCUGCAGUGACGUGUAAACCUUGCUUUUCCUUUUCCAGUUGUCUAGCUGUAUCGUUUUUCAAAGAAGCUUGUCCCUUGCUUAGUACAACCCAGAAGUGUGCUUAUUUACUCUAAUUUGUGGACACAAAUCCACGGUGUGUUUUUUUUUUUUUUUUUUUUUUUUUUUUUAGAAAAACCCCCGCGCCCGGGGGGUGUUUGGGGUAGACACACCCCCCCCCCAGGGGGAGAGAAGGGAGGACAAAAAGAUAUGAAGGGAUAGUUGUUUUUUUUGUAUGAUAAGGAAUUAUUGGUUGUGGGUUGGUGUUUGUUGCUUCUUUGUGUCUCCAUCGAUCAUUUGUUCCAGUAUUUUGUAAUCCUUGUUUACACUUGCCCGGUUUUUUGUGUGUAUUUUUUUUCUAUUUUUUUUUUUCUUUUUUUUGUUGGUCUUGUUUUUGUUUUUUUUUCCUUUUUUUUGUGGAAAAAAACCCGCGGUUUGUUUUUUUUUUUUUUUUUUUUUUACGUUUAGACGAAACACCGCAGCCUAUGGAGGUUAAUGGCAGUCAACCGACCGCACCUGAAGGAUCAGAGACUGGAACACAAGAUGUUAAGGUUAGUCAGUUGAUUUUGAUUGAUGACAAGGUAUACGCCCCAUGUAAUGGAAUUUGGAUUCCGGAAUCCAGCAAAGAUUUGCAGUAGAAUCGUGGAAUCGUGGCCUUUGGAAUCCGGAAUACAGCUCAAGCAAUCCCACGAACGAUCGGAAUCCGUAAUCCACAAUCCGUAAUCCAAGUUCCACUGACAAAGAAUCCGGAAUCCAGUACCUGGAAUCCAGUGUCUAGGAGUGUCAGUAUCAAAUUUUCCCCUUGUAUCAAUAUCAGGAUCAUUAUACGUUUGGGGAAAUGCCCACCCACCCCUCCCCUAAGCCAACAUUUUGCCCCUAAAUGAGAAGUAAGUGUUAAUGUUGGCUUACGGGAUGGGUAAGUGUGUAAUAAUAUUCCUAUACCAAACAGAUUGGUGAUGAGAACUGAGGACAUGAUCACAGAAGAUAAAUCUAAUUGAUACUUGAACAACUUCUCCUCACUUCUUUUAUAGGAAACGAAUAGGGACAGCAAAUGAGAUCUUAAGUUUUGAUAUUAGGGUUUAUUGAAUUAAUGUAAAAGUGUUUGUCUAGUAAUUUUAAGAAUCCAGGACAACGCAUGUAUUUUUUUAAAGCUUUUCGAUGCUAAUUGUUUAAUCAAGCCAUGGACUCAAGUUUGAACCAUGUUUUGCUACAAACAAAUGAAGAAUAGACGCAAUGAUCUGCUUUGUUUUCUUAUUAUGUCUAGAUGGAAGAUGCAUCAGAGAAGAGUAGCCAACCAGAAAAUGGAGAGAAAACCCAAACUAUUAAGGAAGAGAACAUCGCUAAAGCGGCCGCAUCUGCUCUGGCGGCCGCUGCUGUUAAAGCCAAGGUAACUAUUCUCACUGCAUACAUAAUUUUUCCGUGACGCGGGAAGUAAGUAACUUUUUCAAAUUCCGUCGUGUUGGGCCUGCGCGCUAGUGGCAUGAUGCAUUGCGGCCUUUGUUUAGAAUUGCUUGGUGUUUGCCCCCCUUUUGGCCAGUUCAACGGAGUUCAGUGGAAGUGACCUCUCGUGGUGGCGGUUGACGUCGCAUACUCUCAUUGUUGGACAUGCCUAUUGUCCUGGCAGUCGCGGUUUCCUCCCGUAACUUAGUUCCCCUAGUCGGAACAAUGGCUAUGAAGUGCAAAAUUGGUGAUUAGAGCGAUUUCUUUCAGCGUAUUGCUACACCAAAAGUUACGUGUUGUACUUAUUGUAGGCAAUUAAAACUGUCAGCGGAAGUUUGUUCAUAUAUGAAUAAAGAUUAUUGAAUCUUCUCACGAUUGCGAAUAUUCAAGAUCCUACCUUUCAUUCACAAGGGCCAGUUGCUCUGAACUUCACGUCAGACCUGAUUGAGUGUGUCGUUAAGAUGAAGAGCGUUACUGGCAUGAACACCACUUAUAUUAUUAAUGGUUGCAUCCAGUAGCAAGAGUUAUUGACCUAGCCCCGGCCUCAGGAGUUAGGUGGUUUCUUGCAUGCAAACCACCUCGUAUCGGUUCUCUGACACCGUUUACUCUAAUUAAAUCAAAAGAGUCUGAGCUUUUCUGGCAAUAAGUUUAUUACGCUAGACAGACCUUCGAAACCCCGCUGUAACUCGAAGUUUGACUUCUGAUACUUCUGUUCGCUUUGUUUUAUUGAGCCGAGAAUGCGUUUUUUUUUUUUCUCGAAGCAUUUGGCUCAAGUUGAAGAACGGAAAAUCAAGAGUCUCGUUGCUCUACUUGUGGAGACUCAGAUGAAGAAACUUGAGAUAAAACUUCGCCACUUUGAAGAACUUGAGACGAUCAUGGACCGUGAACGCGAAGCGGUGAGUACAGUAUACUGUGUAUUUCCUUCCUUUUUGAUCAAGGAAAAGAACUCGAGUUCCGUGCCUCUUUGAGGUUGAAGUCUGUGAUCAGUCAAUCUGGAGAGAAACAGUUGUGGUAAGAGAAAGAGGUGAGGCUCAUGAAUUCAUGCGGACGGCUUUGUAAUAUGGUGUAAUGGGCCCAUUGUAUAGCGUCUUAAAACUAGUCAAGAGCCCAACAAGAGCAGCAUGGCUCAAGAUAUGAGUUUAUGAUUAUGGUGAGACAAUGACACUUCAAUUACACGCAAAGUCAAGUUUCCUUCACGUGGUGUAAAUCCGAUUCUAACUUAUAAUAAAGGGUUGAACAAUAUGUAAUCAGAUCCUCUUAUUUUGUAUGAGGAAUCCCCAAAAUGCAAAUGUACACUCUCAAAUUGUCCUUUACAAGAAGGCAAUUUCGUUGGUAACAUCCUUCACGAAGUGUCGGAAAGUUUUAAACGUUGGCGAAAGAGUUAAAUGGAGAACAUAUCGAUUUUCUUUUCUUUUCUUUUUUUUUUGUCAUAGAGUCACGUUGUACAGUAUUUUCUGAAAUGUUUUCUGAAAUGAAAGUAAACAUCAUAAAGGGUCCCCUAUAAGGUUUUUCAAUCCCGUAGUCCCGACCCAAAAUUUCGUUCAAUCUCGUGGCUAUGUGUGGCAUCCCACCCCCCGCGCAUACUUUCAAUCCCGAAUCUCGGCCCGAUUUUGCUGCAAAAUCCCAAAUCCCGAGCCUGAAAUAAGGGAAAUACCCGAUCCCGAGCCUCAAAUAAGGGAAUUCUCGGAUCCCGAGCCUCAUAUAAGAGAGAUCUCGGAUCCCAAGCCUCAAUGAGAAAUCUCGGAUCCCGAUCCUCAAAUAAGAGAGAGCGCGGAUGUCAAGUCUUAAAUAAAGGAAAUCCCGGAUCCCGAAAAGCCUUUUGGGUACCUUCAUUAUAAACCAAUUUUUCUUCUUAACUUUUGUUUUUCUCAGUUGGAAUACCAGCGACAGCAGCUUCUUGCCGAACGCCAGCAGUUCCAUCAAGAACAACUUAAAGCGGCUGAGAUGCGCGUACGCGCAGCAGCUGGUCACUUGUCCCCUUCGGCUUCCUCCCCAGGCCAUCUUCAACCACAGCCACAGGUAUCCCAACCACAGCCUCAGUUUCCACAGCAACGCCAACCACAACAACACAGGCCUUCUCAGCAAGCUCAACCACAGGGUUCGCAGACGGUAGUAGCCGGUCACAACGUACCUCAGGCGCCAAGUCCUUCUCCGCAAGGUAAAGAUUCCGAAAAACUGUCCACCUAUUCCUUCUUAACCAGGAGCCUAUCCUAACCCAACAUGUUUUCUUAAGUCACUCACGUUACGAGAGAAAACGUUUAAUGUGACACCCGACCUAUCUGCUAGACUUGCCUUUGAAGCGUUAUAUGCGACCAUUGCAAAUAAGACAUUUUCUAUAUACGAGAAAUACAAUUCUGACAUGUGCGAACGUUAGAUCUAAACUUAUUUUCAAUGAAAUGGAUAAAAAAAGACUUACCCGUGAUGUAUUCUGUCUGUUCAUUGUUUUACUGGAUUUUUAGCUUGCGAAUACAGCGCUCUCUCCUCGCUAAUCGCCGCUAGAGACAAAAUUGUGUCCAUAUUACCUGCUUGAAAUUUAGUACUUAAAACCUUCAUUUAAUUUUUGUAGUGACAGCAAGCGGUCAGCCCGUGGGAUCCAAUCCGCCGUCUGCUUCCGCUUCCCCAGCCCCGCCAGUGAACCCCGGUUCAGUUCCCCCGGUGGGCUCCCAUCCCACUUCCGGCUGUAGCACCCCAGUCUCCUUUAUGGGCUCCAAUGCUGCAUCACCAGCGUCUGCCCCAGGAACUCCGAGUAAUCCUCCUUUAGGACAUGCUACCGCUGGCCAGAUGGUUCACGGGACAAGUGACAAUAGCAUGUCGAGUCCAGUUCCCCCUGCCACAGGCAUGAUGGAAUGAGGAAAAAAACGCAAUAAGGGUUCAAAGAAAUAUAGUGUCCA